AGAGGUCUUAAUAACGCUGGAUAACAGCACUUGCAUGUCAUUUUGUUUCUGAGUAAACCUUAGUGUUGAAAUGAGUAGGUUUUCCUAAAAGAGAGGAAAAAAGCUUCAGUAUCUGUGAUGAUGUAUGAUUUGGAGAGAAAGUAAUUUACGCCAUUUACAUUAACUGGACACUUAAUUAGGUAUACCUUCCUCUGAACCCCUUUUGCCUUCGGAACAAAAAACUGUUUUCAUGAAUCUGUGCAAACUCUACUUUUAGUUCCCUGCUCUUAGCUGGCAUAAGUGGCAACCAGUGUGGUCUUGUGCUGCUGUAACCCAUGUGCAUCAAGGUCUGAUUUGUUCACAGAUGCUCUUCUGCAUACCUUGGUUGUAACAAGUGGUUAUUCAAAUUAUUGUUGCCGUCCUAUCAGAUGAAAGGAGACACUCAUUCUCUUCUGACAUCUCAGACUGAGAUGUCAGAAGAGACCUUAGAGAUGAUCGUGUGAGAAAACCCCAGCAGAUCAGCAGUUAAGUACUCGGUCCAGCCCAGCUGUCAUUACGAGCUAUGUCACUUUCAAAGUCCUUUAAAUCUGCUUUUCAUUCUGCCCAUUUUAUGUCUACAUGCAUUUAGUUGCUAUAGGUAGACAAUCUUAUUUUGUCUGCAACUACUUGGAAAAACAGAUAUAAAAUAAAAAGUCAGCAUGUAAAGAAGAAAAAUUAUACAGUUAUUUUAAAACUAGUGUUGGACUGCUUUUCCUCUUGGAGAAUCUGUCUCUUCAAUGGGGUUCACAUAAGGAACAUAAACUGCUAACCCUGCACAAAAUCACCUGCAGACUGCUGACUGUAAAAAGAAAAACCUGAAGAAUAUAAAAAUAAACAAUAUCUGAUUAAUUAUAAUUAUAGGAGAAGGUGAGGAGUCAGGUGCUUUGUACUUAUGGACACUAGAGGUUGCAAGGACAUGUCAAGAAGUAUGUAGAGAACAUGGAAGGGGCUCAAUUUCAUACCUGCUAUCAUGGCAGUAAAAUGUUAAUAAAACAGUUUUUUAUAGUGCUUUUUCACAGUAGAUAUGUUGGCUAGUUGUUUUAAUCAAGUAGUCUCAGUAAUGUUUUGUAACUGAAGCAUCAGGAAGGAUUCAGGACCUGGGAACUGAUGUGUUUUAGCACAAAGAGUGCUGAGGAUAAACAGUGGAGUAUUUCACUCCUGUUGGAUUGGUGAAUAUUCUGGGCUUAUUGGUCCUUUUGGGCUCCUGUAUCUGUCCAGGUGUUUUCACUGGUGGAAUAUUCCACUUUGAUCCUGGGUGGAAGCUUAUCAUUGGGGGAAUAUAAUUAAUGGUGAAACACCACUGGAAAGUAGAAGGAUCGAGUGAUUUCAUUAACUCUGUUUCAUUCCCCGAUGCAGGUAUGUGUGCCAAAUCAUGAUGGAGUUUUGCUUUUAGUUUUUUUUAAAGGUUAAACCUAAAUGUAAAUUUUAGUGCUUUGAUAAUUUAACAUGUUUAGUUUUUAUGUCAACACUCGGACUUAAUCUAUUGUGACACAUCUAAAUCUUAGAGAGAAUACAGUCUGUUUUUACAUCUGUCACAAGAACAAAUGCAAAGCACAGAUGGAGAGCAGGAAGAAUGAAGACAGAUGUGUACAGAUGAAACAUGAGAAAGAGCAACGCAACAUAAGUGAUUAAAAACUCUGUGAAGAACAUGUAAAAGAAAUGGCUUGUCAUCCAGUUUUCCUACAGUGAGGAGGGAAAAACCCUUUAGUCCUGAUGAGAGUCGUAGAAAAUUGUCCUGGAGAAUGAAAAUGAUACUUUGCUGUGUUAGUGAUGAUGGCUUCUGGCUGGGUCAUAGCAUUGCAAGCCUGGCCUGGACUGCUGAAGGAAGUCACCACAUCAAAUCAGUCACAGGUUUCAUUUUAACUCACUUUAUGAUAAAAACAAAAUCCAGCUGUAUGCAAUUUAAUGCAGCAAUUUAGCAUAAAGCAGAGGGCAGCAGCAUAUCACUCUCCUACACUUCAAGUGACUGAUGUCAGCCUACGGUCCACCAACUGCAAACAUCCAGCAUCAAUGCAAUAUAACAUCCAUAUAGACCUAACUCCUAGUUGGUUCUUGUUAUUUAAUCUCAGUGUACCUUUAAAGAUUUGGAUUCAUGUGCAGUAGAUUAAUGUCUGCAGUCUGACUUGAUUGCAAUCUCAACCGGUGUAGCUACAGCCAGCAGAAAAUAAUGGAGCAGGCCUGCAAUAAAUCCUAUCAACCAUGAAGGUUAAGCCUGUUGUUCAUUCAACUUCAUUUUUAUUCUGGACCUUGCAGUUAUCGUUUUGCCCAUCUCAUUUAUUUCACAGACGGUAGGCCAAAUUGCAACCACCCCCAAUCUGAUCAAACAGCUCCCUAAAAGAGGCCCAACAACAACUCAUGUUAAAGCAUUAGACAGAAACCUAAAUCUCAGUUCUGACUAUUGCUAGCGGUCAUUACCCAUUCCUGCCUGUGUCUGCUCACAUCUUACCUUUGCUCCAACUUGGAGUGGGUAUCCAGUUGCUGUUUGUAUCAUCUGUCAUGAGUGCCCUCCCUCUGAGUCAGCCCAAGUGCUGCUGUGCCAGGCUGGUCAUUCAUAGCACUCAUUUAAAAUCAUGUCAUGUUCAACAACCCAGACGGUUGCAUUAGCUGUAGAAACUUUCAGAAAAGUAUAAAAAUAACAAUGUUGCUGUGCAUCACUGACCCAUUGUUCAAAAUGUUGUAACCUUGUAACCUUUUGUGCGUAUGACCUGAAGUCUGAAUGCUAUAAUUAGACAAAUCUAUCCUUGACAAAUAUUUGUUUAAACUUCGAGACCUUUGCUCCGUGUCAGUGUGUCGGCCACAAUUUCAAAACUACAGCAGCGGUCAAGCCCGCUUACUAUUUUUAUAUUGGUCACGUACACUUUCUCCCAUGAACCAGCUGCACCCCUCUUCUUCUUGGCACACAAACAUGGAGUAAGUACAGAGGGACACUCAUUAUAUUUGUCUGUCCACUGCUUCAAAAGAAACAAAAAUACAGAUUUACAUUGAGAUGACUCCCGUCGACUUUUAAGAUGAAUUGUGGCCACGCAUCACCAGAAGUGCUGAGGGGAAAAACGAUGAAAGGAGCACCCUCGGGCAAAGUUGUCCUUUGAGCCUCUGAGAAGUCGACCUUUUGGUUUUUUCCCCCUCUAGAGUUUGCCUCACUGACAGCAUGCAGGAGAACCGUGUCUCUCGUUGGUAUUUUGGUGGGGUCUCGUCCAGUGCAGCAGCCUGUGUAACCCAUCCACUGGAUUUGAUAAAGGUCCACUUGCAAACACAGCAAGAAGUGAGGAUGAGGAUGAUUGGGAUGACUCUUAACGUAGUGAGAAGAGAGGGUUUUCUGGCUCUCUACAGCGGGCUCACUGCUUCCCUCUGCCGGCAGAUGACAUAUUCUUUGUCACGAUUUGCGAUUUACGAGACCGUCAGGGAUAAGAUGAAGAGAAAAAAUAAAGGUCCUAUGCCUUUCCACCAGAAAGUCCUCCUGGGUGCCUUUGCAGGUUUUACAGGUGGUUUCAUUGGGACCCCAACUGACCUGGUGAAUGUAAGAAUGCAGAAUGACGUCAAGAUGGCAGCAGAGUUCAGAAGAAAUUAUGCUCAUGUGUUUGAUGGGCUCUUACGUAUCUGUAAGGAAGAGGGGCUGAGGAAACUGUUUUCUGGUGCUUCAAUGGCUUCUUCGAGAGGUGCACUGGUGUCUGUUGGACAGCUCGCCUGCUACGACCAGUCCAAAGAGCUGGUUCUGGCUACUGGUUACUUGACUGACAACAUCUUCACUCACUUCCUGGCGAGUGUGUUUGCAGGUGGCUCUGCUACAAUCCUCUGUCAACCACUGGAUGUUGUUAAAACAAGAUUAAUGAAUUCAGAAGUUCAGUAUGGGAGUGUGUCUCACUGCUUAACAGAAACAGCAAAGCUGGGGCCGAAUGCGUUCUACAAGGGUCUUGUUCCUGCAGCUAUCCGCCUCAUCCCUCACACAGUCUUAACCUUCAUAUUCCUCGAGCAGCUGAAGCAGCAUUUUGGUGAGCUGGUCAUUACCUGAGGGUGCCACAAGAAAGUUAUCCUACGGCCACGGCUAUUCCUUCACGAUUUUAAUGGCCCUCCAUGCUGCACAGGUUGAUCUCGACAAACUGAGCUGGGGUCGAGUGGAACCCUCAAAAGUCUGAGACGGAAAGAGAAUCUUCAUGCUACGUUUUUCCAUCCAUAACACAUAAUCAAAACAACCUGUGUAAUAACACCCAAAGCUCCAGACAAAAAUGUGGUGACGAAACGUGGUGUUUCUUAAAAACGGAGACGGUUUAAAUUAUUUACAUUCACCACUUUGCUACUUCACUUGUCAUGAACUGUGCAACUAUAAAUAUCACCUAAGGUUAUAUAAGGCUAAUAAAGUAAUGAAUGGAUUUCCAUUAAAUUCAAAACUGUCUCUUGAAUGAAUAUCCUGAACCUGACAAAUGAAUCGUCAUGCUACAAAACCUCCAGUGCCCUCUGGGGGACAGUGUUACACUGAAAAGCAGCCUGCCAAUAUAUUUCUAUAAAGUGUAUUUGUAAUUAUGCAGAUUGUCAAAGGAUUUGGUUCAAGACAAGACUGUUUAUUUUCAUAUUAUGGAAGGAAUGUGAGGGCGGGACAGUAGUGCAGUGGUUAGCACUUUCUCCACUGCCUGUGCAGAGUUUGCAUGUUUUUCCCUAUUCUGCCACUGAUUUCCUGCCACAGUGCAAAAACAGGCAUGCUAGGUUAAUUGGUGAUUCUACAUUGUGAGCGCCUGUGAUGGAGUGGACCCUGCCUCUUGUGCCAUGUCAGCUGAUGAAAGAGGCCCCUUGGAUCCAUAGUUUUGUUGGAGAAAACGAUUAGAAAGAAAAUCUGUGGCAGAAGUGUUACUUUUUCUCAUUUUCAUUAGUCAGGAUCGAGAAUAUAGUGAGAAAAUAAAUGAUGGGCUUUAUGGAAAAGAAAACAAGGCUGAUUCAAUUGUGAAAACAAGCUUGUGAAACACUCCCUUGUCAGUAAUUUGUCUCUUUAUUUACUUCUCUCACUGCAUGAGUGCAGUUAUUGCUGGACACAUCAGACAUCCUGUCAGGCCUCUUUUAAAAAGGAAUACUUAACCUCUUAGACAAUUAGAUUCACUUGAAUUCAUUAUGACCGUGCUUUCAUUAGACACUCAGCAGCUUUUUAAAACAGGAGGCCGGCAGAUUCGUGUGAAGACAAAGACACAAUUUUUGCUUAAAAAACGACAGAGAAAAAAAAGUUGUGUGCCAUGGUUCAGCAGCUGUAUGUGGGU